AGAUGGGUUUAUUGUUAUAAUUUAGUCUAAGUUUAGAGGUUAUUUAGUAAUUUACUAUAAUGAAACCCAAUGGAAUGGACCACACACCAAUCAACAAAAUCUAUCCCCCGGAAUCUAUGGCAACGUCAGAAUUACAUAGGAUUCUCCACACGAGGCACACGCGACGCACGUGUAAGUGUCACUAUCACAAUGGGAACCGACAAAUUACCAUUAUAUCCGCUCAUUUAAUAUAUAAUAAUUUGGUAACUGUUCCUCGAAAAAAUGGCGGGCAAAUACCCUAUCCAAAUUGAAUUCAAAUUUUCGCUUAAACAAAACUGGAAACCCUAGCCCCACCUCCCCUCCCAUUCCUCCAUUUCCCUCCUCUCAUUUUUUAUUUCUCUCUCUCUUUCGCGCCGCGCACAGUUCAAAGUUUUUUGUUCUCUCUCUCUCUCACUUUUGCGGCUCAACUCGCACCUCGAAUUCUCUCGAUUCCGAUCUCUUCUCCAUGAUUGUACGCGUGAUUUUCAAGGCGGAAAGUUAAAAGGAACAAUUUUGGGAGAUUGAGAAAGGAGCCCUAAAUCAUGGGCAAAGUGUCUCCAAAUGAACGGCAGCCGAAAAACGGGGGGAGACAAAAGAGAAAGUCAAAGAAUUCAAAUAGCAAGUAUUUGAAACCCGGUGCUCUCGCACAGCUUCGAAAUACCCGGGCUUCUAAAUCUUGUACAGAUCUCGGGAAGAAACGAGUUGCGGUUUCAAACGCAAAGCAGAGUGGAGUUGAAAUUUCUGAGGUUCGGCAAAAGAAAAACGAGAGCCCUAGCACGCCUUUGUCUUCCGUAAGGUUCCAAUUUGGUGCUAUGAUUGGAAAUGCUGAUUUAUUUAGUCGGGAUCAUUUACAGAGCACCCCAAAGACCCCUCGAGCUGAAGAACACGACUCUGAGUCGAGGCUCGAAUCUCUCCCCACUGAUUUACUGGUCAAAAUACUCUGCCACCUGCACCAUGAUCAGCUUAGAGCAGUUUUCCAUGUCUCUCAGAAAAUCAGGAAGGCAGUUGUAAUAGCAAGGCAGUUCCAUUUCAAUUACACCACUCCAGAUAGAUCAAGGCAAGAGAUGCUCAACACAAAGACUCCACUCCCAACUGAACACUGGCCUUUUAUGAGCAAGGGAGGUGGAAAGGGGUUGUUUGCAAGUCCACACACACCAAAGGCACCGAAGCAUGGGCCCCGCCCGCCUUCUCGUUUGAAGUUCACUGAGAUGCGUCAAGUUUCAGCAGUUCUGUUCCAAGAGUCUUCGUUUUCUUCAAAGUAUUUGGUGCCUUCGGUUAUUCAAAAGCCCGUUUGCAAAUCACUGGCUUCGAAUAGAGUCCUAUUCUACGAGGAUGAGUUGUGCCAGGCUGUUGCUCAAAACAAACUUCGUUGAGUUUAUUUUACUUUAUCAUUGGUUCAUUUCUUAUGAACUGACUGACUGAUCAAUAUAUGUGUAUAUCAUAUGCCCUCUUUUUAUUUAUUUCUUUUUCUCAACUAGUAGGAAGUAAAGUAGGUAGGGGUUUAGUUUUGUUAUGACUUAUGUGGAUGGUUUUUUUUUUCUUGGUGAAAUAAUGUAUUAUACUACUAGUCAGUUUGUACAGUAACCAUGGUUAAGACACGUGUCGGUUUUUUAUUAGUGGAUAUUAUGUUCUAUCUUUUUUGUUUUA